UGAAUUCUUCGUAUUCAUCUUAAUUUUAGAUGUUUUCUUAUACAUGGAAGAUUUAGCUCCAAACGUAAUCAUUCAAAAAUAAUUUCGAUCUAAAUGCAAUAAAAAUGCACUUGCUGUGGCUCACCAGUAUUAUAGGAAUAUCUCUGUUACACCUACAGCUCAGCCAAUGCAAUGAUCUUGAAUUGCUGAGUGUCGGCGCAGUCGGCAGAACACAUAAAAAUAUUGUUGGAAAUAGCAGCUCGGGUGCAAAUGGGAAUGAUCUCACCGCAAUAAGUAUUAACAAUAGCAUGCAAGGAACAAUCUUUACUGGCGUCGGAACAACAAGCAAAGCUAUAACAUCUGAUGAUGACUCUGGGGAAACCAUUAUUGGAAGUGCUGUUAAGAAUGUAGCAGAAUUAUCUGACCGGGGAAUCAGAACUAGCGAGAGUCUCUUACCGCCAGCAACAUUCCCUGUGCAAAGCACCAGCCAAGAUGGAAUUCCCACUGGUACAAUUUAUAGAGGACUUAAGCACACAAAGGCGUAUGGCCAUCAAUAUGGUCACCCAUUAUCUGGCUUGGCAAAUUUAGGAAUCAUUAUACCUAGCAAUAAAGGAGCUAACAUGGAAUAUUAUACACGAACAGCUGGAAUCGGAGGACGUAAAGUUUAUUCCAAAUUGGAUAGUGACAGCAGCCCAAUUGACAAAGCGAAUGUCAGUGGAAGUAACGUGGGGCACAGCACAUACAUGGAACAUUUCAUAUCUGAGCACACUAUAAUGGCAGUAUUUACUUCUCAGGGGCAAGUUGGUGGCCCAUGUCUUUACAUGCCUGCUACGCGGCGCCAAAACCAUCAAUGUCGAAAGGAAUUUGGCCUUCCAAAUGCAAUAUUCGAAGCUCGACGACUAGCUACCACGCAUUGUGAAAGUCAAUUUCGAUACGACCGUUGGAAUUGUUCCAUUGAAACACGCGGAAAACGAAACAUUUUUAAGAAGCUUUACAAAGAAACAGCAUUUGUACAUGCUCUUACCGCUGCUGCUUUGACACAUACUAUCGCACGAUCUUGUGCAGAAGGUCGCAUGACUAAAUGUAUUUGUGGUCCGCGAAAACAGAAUAGAAUUGGUCAAGAUUUCCAGUGGGGUGGUUGUAACGAUAAUUUGAAGCACGGCAAGAGAGUAACAAGAAGCUUUCUAAGUUUACGGGACACCGACGAGGACGAAGUUUCUGAAAUUUUGCGACACGACUCAGAGGCAAGUCCACAAUAUCGAUUUAGAUGCAUUACUUUUUUUACGCAUAUCACAUUCGCACUUUAUUUAACCCAGGCGCAAGUAAUUUUAACAAAAACGCAAAUGAAAUAUAACUAA